GAAAUCUUGAAAGCAGUAAAAUCUUGAAUCCAAAUCCCAAAUUCCUGCACAGUGGAUAGGAUGGGUAAGUUUGAGAUUUUGCAUGUCUCUCAUUGUUCUUGGAGUCUCGAGUCUUGACGGUUGGAGUCUCGAAUCUUGACGAAUUGAUGGUAGAUGAGCUCGGCCUUGUUCCCCUUCCCCACCCUGCGCUCUUCUCUCUGGUCUUCAAACCCCCUGGCCCUUGUGUUGAUGGGGACCUGAAUCGGAGCAACCGGCAUUCUUCAGCGUGAUCCGGUAGCCUUCGGUGAGGAAAGAUAACCACGCUAUUCUAUUCGUCCCAACUCCUCAUCUUCUACCCAUCUCAUAGAGAGAGUGGUUUUGCGUUCUCGGGCUCUUCAAUUUUUUCCAGCACGAUGGAAUCAUCAGCAUGGAUCGGUCGAUUGCUCGCUGAUUCGGUUACAGUGUGAAAAUUCACUUACUUGGACAAUGCUAUUGUAUCUUCAUAAAGUUGCAAAAUUCAACACAUUGGUGAUUAGUGGGUUCAGGAUUGAAUGAAUUGCCAGAACUUCAAUUGGUUAACUGCUUUGCACAUAUGAAUAUGGUUGGUGUUCGACUUUGAAGAUUAAAGUCCUGGUGCUGCAGAAAUUGAUGCUUGUUGAAUGCCGAUUUUUUAAGCUGUUUGGCCGUGUACUCCUCUGGUUUGUGGAAAGAAUAUGUGCCUCAUAUAAAGGAUCCGCGCAAAUGUGAUCUUUUAACUCUCUUAAGUGCCACGAUUUUCUCUAUGUCAAUCUUUGCUUUAAUUUAUUAAGUACGACCAUGACCACACAUAGGUAUUAAGUACCACCAUGACCGCAUACAAGUUCCUCUCAUCCGAAAGUUGCGUUAAUUGUACAUGGUUGUUCCCGGUUACUGACUAAGCUAACUUUGUUGUUCAAUAAUCAAACGAGGUUCGACCUUCAAUUGCCAAAAUAUCUACAAGUUGAGGGUUGGUCGAUACCUGCUUGGAACUCGGAACUUUGAUAUCGCAAUUCAUGCAUUUAGCUGUCCUUUUCACUAAAAUGGAAGUAAUAAUUUGUCCUUGGACCUUGGUCCAUAAAUUGCUCAGCAAAUUAAGCGUUGCAUUGAAGAAAAUGAGAGUUGGGACUGAAGAUUUGAGUUAAAUUCAGAAAGUGAGAUCUUUAAAUGUGCACAAGUUUUUUGUAUGCUUACUGAAUUUUUCUGAUAAAUUUAAUAUUCUAAUUGGGAUGGUUAGUUUUCUUAUUGUAUGUCCGUUGAAUCACACAAGUUAGUGUUCUUGGGGGAUGUCCGAAGUUGGUUUCACUCAAGAUUUUUUUUUUUCAAAAGAUACUGCAUUUCAUGUUGAGCAACUGAUUGUCAUCGGUCAUUGUUGGGAACAACAGAUACCGUUUGUGGGUUUUAAACAGUAAGUUUUUCUCAUGUCGAGCAUAAUACAGCUUUUUUUUCUUUUCUUUUCUUUUUUUGAGAAAAUCUUGGCAAAUAUAUAAAAAAAAGGAAAAUUCUACAAUAAAAUGCAAAAAUGCGAAAUUAAACAUGCAGUAAUAGAAAAUGUGAAAAAAACAACAACAAAUGUGAAAAAAAGUGUGAUUUUUCAUUCUUUUCGAGUUUUUUUUUCGUUUUAUCGUUUUUUCAAGAAGGCAGGUCGUUUUGCAGUUUUAUAUGACAGGCCUAUUUCCGAAGUAUAAAGUGGGUUCUUUUCGAAAAACAUGUUUUCUGUGACUAUGAUCGGGAAGCAAUUUUCUAUACUUUCAAAUGAAACAAAAGACCUGCCCUGGCCUUAAAAUUGUAACAAAUAUUUCAGUUUCCAUUUUCUGUCACUUGUUGAUUUGAAAUUUUGAAUUUGUUCUAUCUGGUCUAAGGAUCAGGUGAGUGUAUAGCUUUCAGUCUGUUGAACUUCCAAUUUUUUGUUAUAAGUGAUGCAGUAGCACUAAAAGAAAAGGACCAAGAAAUGGACGGCAUAGUGGUGAUUAGUGUUGAUUAGUGUGCAUAUCCACUUGACAGAAAAUGUCUAUGUAUCCUCGUGUAUCCCAAGAUUCGGAUAGAGCUGAUUGGACAACUGCUCGUAGCCAAUUUCUUGUUGAACAGUUAAUUGAACAGCUGGUUUAUGGAAACAAAAAUGAUUCUGGAUUUACAAAAGAGGCGUGGAAAUUGGUCUGUGCCUCUUUUAAUAGAAAAUUCAAUUUGAAUUAUACCACUACUCAAGUGAAAAGUCACUUCAAAAUAUUAAGAAAACAGUAUGAACUUGUGAAACUUCUUCGCAAUCAAAGUGGAUUUGGUUGGGAUGAUGUAUAUAAGGUGGUAACUGCUGAUGAAGAUGUGUGGGAGCGAUAUAUUGCUGUCAAUUCUGAUGCAAAAAACUACAGGAACAAAUGUUUCCCCCUCUUUGAUCAAUGUGCAACACUCUUUGAUGCAGGUAAAAAAAUUGGACAUGAAACACUAUCAAUCGUUCGCAAUGAAGAAGCUGCUACUAGAUCCAGCAAUAUGAGUGAAGACAAUGAAGAAGAUGAAGCAAGUUAUGGAAUCGCAAUAACGCCUCAGAUCCCAGUGCAACAUAAGCGUCGAAGUGUCACAUUGUCUAGUCGACGAGAGAGAAGAAUGAAGCAAUCUCCUGAGCUAAGAAUGCCAGUAGCUGUAGAAAACAUUGUUCCAUUUGAUUAUUCCUCUGAUAGUCGAACAGUGCAAAAGUCCACUGCAGCAGCUGAACCAUCUGUGAGAGAUUGCUUGGAAGAGCUUCAGCGUUUGCCUGGUGUAGAUCGAAAAGAUAAAGCGAAGGCAACAAAAAUUUUUAGAGACCCUUUUAAUCGGGUUGCAUUCAUGACAUAUGAUGAAGAUCUUCGUCGUGAGUGGUUGCUUAAUGAACUUGAAACUAUGGAUUAAUCUUUUAAUUUUGGUGAAUGCCUAUUAUACAAAAUACGCAUCUGUUCAGGCUACUGUUGUGCUUACAACAGUGGAUGUUCUCCUGUAAAGAGCUUUACUUUCCUGCAUAUUUUAUUAGCUUUCGAUCUAUAUUUGGUCUUAACUUUAGUGUAAUGCUACCAUCUUUUCAAUCGCUCAUGGUAAGCUUGGCAUUAGCGAAUCGGCAUGACAGCCUAAGAGCCAGAUGUUUUGUAUCACUCUCGUGCCUCCAUCUGUUCUCCACUUUCAUAUUUCAAUCAUAAGUGCAAGAAUUCAAGGAA